AUUCUAUUUAUAAUUUUAUAUAUUAUAUCAAAUUGUGAGUAUUAUCAUAAACGAGAAAAAAUUGUUGUAUUAAGUCUAUUCUAAAAUAGUCGUACCGUACCAUAAGGUCAUAAAGCUGUAAACCGCGAUUGUACGUUCCAUUUCUACCAAUUAAGUUUAAAGCGCAUUAUAGCUUUACGGCUAUUGUAGACCAGACUUUAUACUAAUCAUAAUUUGAUUUGAAAUUACGCAAAGAAUAUUUGAUUGUUUUUUUCUUUGACAAUUGUUAUUAAAAAAUAAAAAAAUAUGAUAUGUUUCGAAUUCUAUUUAUACAGAAAACAUGUGAACAAGCAAGACGCAUGAAAUACGCGCCGUAUAAAUAUCCGUGAAUUGUAAAUGACAUAAACCUAUUGUCAUAUUUAACAAUCCACGUGACAGUCUUGGUUUCGGAAGCAAGUUAGAAUACUUGUUUAUUAACUGUGAACGUAAGAAAUAACCUUGCUUAUAUGUAAAAUCUGUCAGUUAUGAAAAAUAAAUAUGCUCGUGCCGAUGCAUUGGAAAAAAUGAUUUAAACUAAAAUGUUACUUGAGUAAAUCUUCAAAUUGCUUUUUAUUUAAUUAAAAAAAAUUUGAUAUGCUACAGAUUCUUCGAUAAAAGUUCGUUAUGUACCAUAUCAUAUUUAACAUGGUACAUGUUAAAUAUAAUAUGGUACAUGACAGAAUAUUUUCUUUGCUCUUUUCUCAUAUGCCACAACUUACAUUAAAUAUUUCUUUUACGUUUACGAAGUUUAUUUUUUAUAAUGCAAGCGGAUAUUAUUAUUAUUAUUAUAAUUGUGGACAACAUCGGAACUGAUGUUAUUAUUAAAGAAUUCUCCAUAAUAUACUUUUAUUUUACAUGUAUUUCUCAAUAAAUGUCAUGUUAUUUUUAGCAACCCAAUUACGUCAAAUAUAAUUUGAUAUAAAAUUAUAAAUAGAAUUCUGUCCCAAAUUGUAGAUCGCUUAAAGUGGGCUAAAAGCUUGAAACUUUAUAAAAACUGAAAGAUUUGAAAUUUAUAUAUAGAAUAUUCGAGUGUUUUUUUUCUUUGACAGUUAAAUUAUUAAAUCUGUCGCAAAUUAUAGAUCGUGUAAAGCGAGCUUAAAGCGAGGUCGGAUUGCCGAAUUACCAAUUCGAAACGCAUGCAAGUCUUUUGCUCUACAAACGUCACCACUUUUUAUAUAUGUAUACGCAAGCCUGGCCCGUUUCUACACAGGGCAAGAAGCAGCUCGCGGUUCAGGAGAGGCAGAGGAAACGACGGAACAGCCGACACAUGUAGCAUUCGGGCAUCAGUAUAAUGAAGCCGUCCAUGAAAAUGGGAGUGAUCGCCUUGAUAGGGAUCUGCGUAGUCUUUUAUCAAUAUCACCUGUCCACCGGGGUUACUUUUGAUCAAGUAACGGCCUUCAAUGCCGAUACUUCCGCGGAUGACGCUGGGGAUUUGCCGGGCGAGGAGGGUGACAGCAAAACCCCAAGGCUCGCCGAGGAAAUGAUUCGAUACGCUGUGUACCGAGUACAAAUUACGAACGGCCUGAGUCCGGAAAUAAGCUCGAUGCUCGUGCAGGAGCUUAUCAAUCAGUUAAGCAAAAAUGUCUCGGUGGCCUCCAGAAAUAAUUUCAAGUCUUCGCCGCAAUCGCACCCCCUGGCGACGGUGGUACAUAAGGCGGUAACGUCGUCUCGUCCGUCGCCCCCUCCCGAGGAAUCGUCCGAGGAACCCCUGUAUAUCAUCACGCCCACAUAUCGAAGACCCGAACAGAUUCCCGAGCUUACGAGGUUGGCCCAUACCUUGAUGUUGAUAAAAAAUGUACAUUGGCUCGUCAUCGAAGACGCUACCGUCGCCACCAAGCAAGUUACCACGUUAUUGGAAAGAACGGGCCUGAAGUUCGAUCAUUUAAUCGCUCCGAUGCCGGAGAAGUACAAGCUCAAGAAGGGCGCCAAGCCGCGAGGGGUGUCGAACAGAAAUCGCGGUUUGCAGUGGAUCAGAGCGAACGCCACGAGAGGUGUGUUCUACUUCGCCGACGAUGACAAUACAUACGAUAUUGAACUUUUCGACGAGAUUCGCAAAACGAAGACGGUGUCGAUGUUCCCAGUGGGACUGUGCACCAAGUUCGGGCUGAGUUCGCCGAUUCUGAAGAACGGCAAGUUCGCCGGGUUCUACGACGGUUGGGUGGCCGGCCGAAAGUUCCCGGUUGACAUGGCCGGGUUCGCCGUGAGCGUUAGCUUCCUGCAGCAACGGCCGAACGCCACCAUGCCGUUCCGCGCGGGAUACGAGGAGGACGGCUUCCUGAAGAGCCUGGCGCCGUUCGAGCCGCGGGACGCCCAGCUGCUCGCGGACAAUUGCACCAAGGUGCUCGCCUGGCACACGCAGACGAAGAAAAACGAGCCGAGCGCGCCGCUGGACAUGAAGCUUUACGGCGCGACGAACCUGGUGAAGCUCAAGCAGCAGAUCGUAUGAUGUCGGCAGGGACAACGAAGAUGCGUGGACUCAAACCUGAAUCUUGUGUGUAAUCCCGCCCCUCCUUCGCACUAGUUCAUCGGUGUCACUCCAGGGGAAUUCCUAGGUGCGGAAAACUGUGCGAUUCAGUGCCUAAAAGUAUAUUAUAUCCUCUCUCCCACGGCGAGAGCGGGAAAACCGUUAUUACCUUUAAGCAUAGCCGGUAAAACGAGUCGUUUUUUUAUCAGCUUUUACACACAUCCGCAACAAGUAGCUCGCCUCGAAGACGGUCCGCCCUUGCUCCGAGAAAGGAUACCGCGACGGGGAAAGAGAAUAAAGUAGGAUUCCCGGGGCAACGCUACGACCGCAGCGACUCGAUUCAAUGCAGUGAUAGAAAUUUACGCGUAGAGUUCGGAACCGUCUGUUACCUGUUACCUUUUUGGCAUUUCCGCUUUCGCGCGCGCCACGUGAAACGACGUAAACGCGAAAAGAAAGGUGAAUUUCCAUAUGAAUAAUACUAAUCGAUGCAUACAGCGCGAUAGGGUGGGAAUGGUGUUCGUUAGUUAUGAAAAUAAAAAAAAAAGAAAAACAUUUAUGCGAUUUCGAAACAUCUCUGACGCGUAUAAAUGGCGAAGUCGCACACCGCGUAGUUCAACGACCAAAGAAAGCAAACGAGUCACUCGCUGUAACGUUACAAGCUCUUACACUUACUUUAUUCUAUCUGAGGGACACGUUCCUAAAUUCUAUAAAUAGAUCUAUUCCAUUCUAUUACAUUCUAUUCCAUAGCGAAGUCCAUUCCUAAACUUGCUCUAGUACGACGCGAGAUCAAAGAUGAUUCGAUCAAAGAGUGAAAAUGUAUCCGGGCGAUCUCACGCCCCUUAAAUUCACGCUGAUCGAUCUCCCGAUGAUAAACCUGACUCGUUGCUCGUUAAUCUAAUUAUCAAGUAUAAUGUUUAACGAUCGUCGUUUAAUCCUGUCCCGCCUCUUUUACGCGAUUAGCAAGCAUAGGCGAUUACGAGUUAAAGAGUUAGAGCAAGUCUCUUAAUAAGAAUUCCUCGUAGCUCUGAAAGGUUCCGAAAAAGAGAAGAUAAAUCUUUAAAAGCCGAAUCACGAAAAUCGAAAUAUAAAUCUCGAGCUUUGUCGCCAAUUGUAUUAGAGAAAUUAUCAUUUACGCGAAAAUAUGAAAAUUUGCACAGAUAUUUCCAAUCGAUAGAUAUCAGGUUGAAAUGCACGAGAUAUCUUUGACUUAUACUUUAUUUAGCUUUCAGCAUGAAUCAGCAUUGAAAAAAUACCAAAUAUGCGCGUUAUCGCAACUUAGUCCGAAGAAAUUUUUCAGAUUUUUAAAAGAACCUCAUUGCUUUUGACAACUGAAUAUCAAUGCCUAUACGUGACGAGUGUCACUCGCCGAAACGAGCAUCUUCUCUUGCAUCAUAUUUGACUGAAUAGAGAAUACUUUUUAAUUCUCGAGAUUUGCGCUGCUCUUUCAUUUUCGUUAACACGUUAAGCGCCGAGUUGAUUGUGCUAACUUUUCUGUUUAUGCCGCCAUCGGUUCGCCGAUUUUGAAUUCUUCGUACCAAGUUAUUUAAAAUAAAAUUUUUUAAUAGCAAGGUGAUGUUUUUUAGGGUGUUGCGCAUUUCAUACCGACAGUCGUCGAUAAUCGACGCGGCCUGAACGAAAAGUUUACUGUCAUGGCGCUCACCGUUGUUAAUUAUGUAACCUAUUUAUUUCAUCGUAAUGCCGUUCACGAAGUUAUGAACAAAAUAGCGAAUUAUAAUCAAAUAGACGAGCGUUUCCGUUACCUAUGUACUUGCGUGCAUGUGCGUAGAAAAUCUGUACUUCCUAGAAAGGAAUACAACAUUUAAAGUUAUACAUACAUUUGAUUAUUCUUGCACAAUAUACUUCGCGCGAGUUAGGUAGUAUUAAAAAAAAGCUAGGAAAUAAGAAAAGUGUGCACUGACAAUGAGUGCGAAAUCCAAAGAAUUCGUUUCGAUUGCCUGCCGACGGCAUCGGAAUAGUCAGACUAUCGAAUUACGAUCGUACAGUGGAAUCUUAAUAAUUCCGAACGUUUUCAUUCCUAAUUUAACAUAUCACUAUAAAAAUUCAACCAACAUUAGAUCAAAUAUACAACUUUACGUAA